AUGCCCAAAAACCAGGACAGACGAUCCAUCGCUCGCGUGGGGAACUACGCCAAUGAGGACAGCUUCGACAAUUUUCAGGCAGUACAGUAUGUCCCUUAUAGAGUAGCGUUCUACUUGCAAAAAGAUACCACUCUGACGGCGACGCACUACAAAGAUGAAUAUCGCCUCACACUCCAAAACAGCUAUGAGGAACACGUCCGCACGACGUUUGAAUGGGCCCACGAACGAGGGCUAGAGUAUCCCAAUCAAACUUUCGACUCCAUAACCCUCCUCGACGCCGCAGAGAGCAAAUCCUUGGGCUUGAAUGACACCCAUGACCUCUGCAAUCACCUCGCCGUGCUCGCCCACAUGGCCUCUCAUACCGUCGCCUCUUCCGAAUGCGAUGCCGUCAACGGCGCAGCGUACACCGAAACCAUUCCGGACCUCCUCCCCACCAUCCGCCGCGACCUCGUCAGGGGCAUCUCCACGAACGCAUUCCACGGGUACGCUUACUCUGGCGUCAACGCCGACACCACGAGGUCGGGGUGA